CAGCUACGCUUAAAAAUACUCCACGCACAGCCUCUCCAGUAUACUCUUCCUGGAUUUGUCAUGAAUCAAGCAAAAGGGUCUCUCACCACAUCGCUUCUCUUCCUGUUUUUCCACUUCUGCAUAUCUAUUGACACUAUAACGCCAACCCAGUUCAUCAAAGAUGGUGAUAUUUUAGUCUCUAAAGGAGAACGUUUCGCACUUGGGUUCUUCAGCCCAGGCACUUCUACUCGUCGCUACGUCGGAAUUUGGUACAACAAAGUUUCAGAACAAACCGUUGUCUGGGUGGGAAAUAGAGAUAAUCCUGUCAAUGAUGCUUCUGGGGUACUCACUAUCAACAGUCAAGGUAACCUUGUCUUGUACGAGAAAAACCAAACUAUUCCUCUCUGGUCCACCAAUUUCUCUACAUCAACGAGUAAUUCCAUGGCUCAGCUCCAGGAUUCGGGAAAUCUUGUUUUGCUUCAGCGGGAUACUGAAAGGUUCUUAUGGCAAAGCUUUGAUUAUCCUACAGAUACCUUACUUCCUAACAUGAAGCUUGGAUUGAACACAAGAACUGGCAAGAAUUGGGUUCUUACUUCUUGGAAAUCAAAAGAUGACCCUGGAACAGGUGACAUUGUCUACAGAAUCGAUCCAAGUGGGGUGCCUCAGUUGUUUCUAUAUAAGGGUUCUGUUCGGUGGUGGCGAGGCGGACCAUGGACAGGAGAAAGAUGGAGCGGAGUACCCGAGAUGACACGUAAUUACAUCUUUAAUGUCAGUUUUGUGAACAAUAAGGGUGAGGUAUCCAUCGCGUAUGGUUUGACUAAUCCGUCUCUCGUCUCGAGAAUGAUGUUCAACGAGUCAGGAAACGUGCAACGGGCCACGUGGAAUCAAAGAGACCAUAGGUGGAUCGGGUUUUGGUCCGCCCCGAAAGAACAAUGUGAUAACUAUGGCGAAUGUGGUGCAAAUAGUAAUUGCGAUCCAUAUGAUUCUGAUAGUUUCAUAUGCAAAUGUUUGCCAGGAUUCGAACCAAAGUCACCAAGGGAUUGGUACCUGAGAGAUGGCUCAGGUGGUUGUAUCAGGAAAGCCGGCGUGUCAACGUGUCAAAGUGGGGAAGGGUUCGUGAAGAUGGAACGCGUGAGAGUUCCAGACACUACAAAGGCACAAGCGGACAUGAACUUGAGCUUGAAGGUAUGUGAGCAAGAGUGCUUGAAGAAUUGUUCCUGCACGGCUUACACAAGUGCAGAUGAGAGAGGGUUUGGGUGUAUGAGAUGGUAUGGAGAUUUGGUUGAUACGAGAACCUAUUCCAGUGUGGGACAGGACAUAUAUGUACGUGUGGACGCAGCUGAGUUAGGCAUUUCUCUGUUUUGCUACCAACUUCUUUAUUAUAUAUAUUCAUUUUUCUUUGUUCUGAUUGAUCAAAUAGGAUUAGGAUCGACUAAAUAUGGUAAGUCGAAAGGUCCUCUUUCCAAGAAGGGAGUGCAAGCAAUAAUGAUAGUUUCUAUUAUUGUCAGAACAUUAUUUCUUCUAGCCUUCUCAAAGAUAUUGUUUCGCUCGAGGAAGAGAAAAGCUAGAGACAGACGCAGCAAAUCUUUGUUUAAUUUCACCACAAGUGCAACAUACUUGGAAGAUUCUCAGAGUGGAAAGGGGAGUGAUGAAGUUGGAAUUUCAGAUUUACCAUGCUUUGAUCUCAAGACUAUAGCCGCAGCCAUCGAUAAUUUCUCAGAUGCUAACAAGCUUGGAGAGGGUGGUUUUGGCUCCGUUUAUAAGGGUCUGCUAUAUGGUGAAAAGGAAAUAGCAGUUAAAAGACUGUCAAAGUAUUCUGGACAAGGGAACGAAGAGUUUAAGAACGAAGUUACUUUAAUCGCAAAACUCCAACACAGGAAUCUUGUAAGAGUCUUAGGUUAUUGCAUCCAAGAACGAGAGAAGAUGUUAAUCUAUGAAUUCCUGCCAAACAAAAGCUUGGACUCUUUUAUUUUUGGUAUGUCCUUUCAAAACGAGAUGUCUGCUAGAACUCGAAUUUAUAAUUGCAUCAAUGCAUUGAUUUGA